UUCCGCUUCAGUCUGUAAACAGAAUGAUCUCAUCUCUAAUCUUUCUCCGUCUCCCUUUAGUACAAAUUGCCACCAUGCGUAGCCCGUUACCUUGACAGAAAUGUCUGUGAAAGAACAUAUUUCUGUAAUUUCUUUACGAAUCUCUCGACCUUUUGCCAUGAAGAUCAUUACCUGGAGAUCUUUGAGUUAGCCUGGAGGCUAGCAUGCUAAUUAUCCGGUAAAGGGGGCAAACAAGCAGCUGCCUGGUGCAAGCUUUGUUGAAGCUGCUUUAAAGAGUUGUCAUCUGUUUUUUUUCUCGGGGAACAAUGGAAGGAGUACUCUACAAAUGGACAAACUAUAUGACAGGAUGGCAGCCGAGAUGGUUUGUGUUGGAUAAUGGCAUUAUUUCAUACUACGAUUCGCAAGAUGAUGUAUGCAAAGGCAGCAAAGGCAGUAUUAAGAUGUCAGUAUGUGAAAUUAAAGUUCACCCGACUGACAACACACGUCUGGAGCUGAUCAUACCGGGAGAGCAGCAUUUUUAUGUUAAGGCUGUAAAUGCGGCGGAGAGGCAGAAGUGGCUGGUGGCUCUGGGGAGUUCCAAAGCUGGACUUAUUGACAAUAGAACCAAAAAAGAAAGGGAAUUAACAGAAACCACAGAAUCGCUGAAAACCAAGAUGUCCGAGCUGCGUCUCUACUGUGACUUACUAAUGCAGCAGGUUCACACUAUUCAGGAGUCAGUGGACCAGGAAGGGGUGUGUACGGUGACCAACACUGAGACGAGGAACGAAGCAUCCUCAUUACUGAGUGCCACCUGUGAAACCUUCAUCAAAACACUGGAAGAAUGUAUGAAAAUUGCCAACUCAAAGUUCACGACUGACAUGUUGCAAUCCAGCCCCUCUGAUUCCAAUAUGUCACCCGUGUCCCCCUCUCCCGUCCAGAUGUCCCGGCAGAUGAAGCGCUCAAUCAGCCAUCCUGGCACCUAUAACUUUGAAAGGACGGGUUUACCUAAAGAGUGUGUGGCCUUGCAGAAGUCCGCCCAGAGGCGCACACGGACAUGCUCGGAUACAGAGGCUCAUAGCGGCAGAGGGUCUGAAGAGACAGAACGCUUGAUGUUUCACAAAUCCAACGUCAAUGGCGACUCCACUCCUAGUAUCCCAGAAGAGGUUGGAACGAACACAAAGUUCCUUUCGGAAACUGACACCCCGGAAUCUGACCUUUCCCUCUGAACCACGUGAGGCAGCGGAUUGAUAGACGGGGAAAAAGUAAAGCACGUACUGCUAUGCAGUCAAAGAUUGCAGCGUUAUUUAGUGGGAUUUUACACAGUAUUGUUUCUAUGAAGAAUUCGGUUGCACUUUAACAAACAACGAGAGAAAAACAAUAGUCUGGUUUGGAUGUUUAUACUCUUGCAGAUUUUUUAAAAUGUUUGUUUGCCUUGUCGCUACUAAGGUUUUUGUCUUAUUUUGUGAUAAAUAAUAAUUGCUGUAUCCCUUCAGUGAAGAGUUAAAGAUGUUUGUACUGGAUUCCUGACGUGUUGUGCAGUUGCCUUUGUGAAAUGGAACCUUGAAGAAAAGGUUUUUGUUAAUGUGCCAAGAGGUUGUGCUGACAUUACCUUUGACGAUUUGUUUUUUUAUUCACUCAGCAUGCGAUGUUGUUCAUUUGCUUUUGAUGCAAAAUACAUUUAUUUAUUUUUAUGUUACUAGAGUUUCCCCCAGAAUUGUUUUUGCCUUAAUUCUUCGCAUGGUGGAACUUGAUCAUUCACUAUUGUAAUGUUUAGGAAAAAAGAUUAAAAA